AUGCAAGAAGACAGGCGCGGGAUGGGGGCAUGCAUUCCCUGCGACCGAGGCCACGGCUGCAACUACUCGGGAGAGAAAACGAGUUUCAGCGGCUCCGAGGAUUCUUCAGAGUCAGACGCGUUUACGCUGACGCGCCUUGCAGAGGCGGUCAAGGCGCAGGACUAUCAGAAGGUGCCUGGAACACUGUGGGGGGACCCGUACCCGCAGCGAGGCCCGCACUGCGCCGUGGGGAUGUACAUGGCGGAGUACCAGUUUGCGGACCUGUGCACGCUUUCCUGCAAGCCGCUGUACCGUCGCGAUGACAAGACGAUGCCGUACAUGCAGUUUCCAGGCUUGUCGCUUACCGAGUUCGAGUACGAGGAUGAGUACCACACGUAUCCGGAGCUGACCCAGGUGGCGACGUUCCGCUGCGGGAAAGGAUCAUUCACUUGGCCUUCGCUGGCUGCAUGCUUCCCCGCGCUGCAAGGCUUUGGUGUGAUGGAAACGAAGAAGUUCGAAGCCGUGGGGCAAACGCAUGGGGACGCGUAUCACAGAGUCAUGUUUGACUACGGGUACACGGACUGUUUCUCAGGGUGGAACAACACAUACCCCGACGACGAGUCCAACGAGUGUAAGCCAUUUACCCAGUACAAAGGGAUCAUUCAGCUGGUCGGCACUUGGUCGCAGCCUUUCGACUACAGAUGCGCCGAGGGCUCUAUCUCCAGGAAGGAUUUUUUCAAUUCGCCGCGCUGCUACCCAGUCCCCAUGAACCGGGCCGCCACCGGGGCCUCGGACCCGCGGGUCACAGGCCCUCUGAUCUGCACGCAGAACGGCUUCUUCCGGCCUCCAGGCAUGAAGGGCAAGGACUGUCUCUCGUUCGUCGGCGGCGCGUACGCAGCCAGCACCGGAACUCAUAUGUUUCUGCGAGAUCUCCCAGGACAACCAUUCCACCGGGGCGCCUCCAGGAACGCACCCGCGCGCCUCUGCGAGACGUACGAGAUCGAGUGCUCUCCCCACGGAGACUUCCCCUCCCUCGACUUGUUCGUCAACCUUUUCCCCACGGCGCCCUCCUCCGCCGCGGCCGGCGUCUUCCAGCCUCACGGCAUCGACGGGGACGUUGCGGGCCUACCCCGGUGCCCCUACGGGGCCAACUGCCCCGCAGAGCAGCUCCAGGGCGCCCACCCGCGACUCCCCCGUCCCUACUCGCUCACUGCGACGCGUCCGAUCCGCAGUCGACGGGGGCUGACGGGCAGGCAGGAGCUCGUACUCGGAGCUGGGGUCGACCUGGCAACUCCCGAAACGCUGACGGACGUCUGGAUCUACAUGCCGGGGGCCAACGCUCCCGAGUACUGCUGCCACGGCUGUCAGUGCAAGACCACUGGAACGAACGUGCGUCUGUCGAAGUCGCCGGCGGGUACCUUUCGCGGGCGUCGCAUGGCGAGCGGAGACAUGAAGACGUUUCACGAGUGUUCGCCUGGUCACGCCUGUCCGGCUGCGGCGAUCUUUGAAACGCCGUGCCGCGCUGGGAGUUACCAGCUCGCCUCAGGGGGAGCCGCGUGCAGCUUGGUGGCUCCAGGGUCGGCCGGGACUGGCCUGGGGGCGCUGCGGCCUGUCGCCUGCCCCCCAGGACAUUUUUGCGUGCAGGAAGCGAAGACGCCUUUCGAGAAUCCCUGCCCGGCGGGGACGAUGAACGAGCAGGUCGGCGGCGCGACGGAGACAGCUUGCCUGCCUUGUCCUGCAGGGUACAUCUGCGGCAAAGGGACAGGGGGUCGCUCGCGGCCGGGCUUCUGUCCCGUGGGUCACUACUGCGAACGCGGGGCCAAAAGGCCCGCAGCCUGUCCAGCGGGGACGUAUGCGCCCUAUGCGUUUCCCUCGCCGAACAUGACGAAUGCGCGCAACUGUCGGCCGUGUCCGGAGCACCUCGACUGCCCUCAGGGCAGCAGCCUGCAUACGCUGCAAGCUUCCGGUGCCUGUCCGCCCGGCGCCUACUGUCCAGGCGGAAACGCAGCGAAGGCGCUCAAGUGCCCCAUUGGCAUGUACGGCGUUGAACCGGGGGGUCAGGAACCUGCAGACUGCUUGUACUGUCCUGCCGGCCAUUUCUGCAAGGUGACACCACCGACAGAUCCGACAUUUCCUACAACUGCCGAGCCGUGCCCGCCAGACUCUUUCAGCAUCAAUACGGGCAUUGCAGGCAAUUCGAGCCGCAUCUUCGCGAGCGAGUGGACGCGCGAAGCAGGCGUUCAGACAGUCUUCACGACGAACGGUGGCGGGCUGUGUCGCACAGAAACUGCAGAUUUUUCGCUGUUUACCAAUGUCAGAAAAGCCGAUGGCCGGGGGUUGCCUUCGGACGCUCUCGCGUCGAUCAUCGAGGGAGACAACCUGUUUUGGAUUGUCACGGCGGAGGGCCAGGGCGUCGUGUCCGUAGACAAUUUGUUCAGCUUCAAUCCUAUCACACUCCCUCGAGAGACGACGCUCCUCGGCUACGGCAACCACCGACUGUGGGCAGGUUCUUCUUCGAGCGCGGGACUGUGGGUUUCGAAAGAUCGCGGGUGGUCGUUCUCGCAGGUGGCGCCUGCGAUUUCGUCGGCUACGGUCUUUGCUUCAGAUCCUGUCUCGGGGUAUCUCUGCGUCGGAGACAGCUCGACCGUUUUCUGCUCGGGAGACAACUUCGAGGCGAUCUCGGCGACAAGCGCCCUGGCCGGUGUGCGGGCUCUCCUGGUGCUUCCGGGGGGCGACAUGGUCGUCGCCGCGACAGCUGCGCAUGUUUUUCAGAGCCGCGACGGAGGCCGGCGCUUCACUCGCGUGACGAGUCUCAGAGGAGCGGCCGUCCGCUUGCUGAGUCGCGGAGCGAACGAAGUGUUUGUGGCGUCGACGCAGGGAGUGUCGAAGUCCACCGACAGAGGCGCGUCGUUCGCAGGCUGGGCGAGGAACUUGCCUCCCGAGAGCCUCCCCAUCUCCGACUUCCACGUCCAAGCCGACGCCUUUCUUCUACGACACUCGAGCGGCUUCUUGAGGAGUUCCACCGGCGACAACUGGCAGCCUGUGGCGCUUCCAACGGACAGUCCUUGCGGACAGUUCCCCGUCACCCACUCCGUCGUUGCAGACUUCCGUCUGCCCGCCGCUGUGCCUGAGACGUCCGGCCAGUGCAUUCGGGGGUCGCUGUCGAAGGCGAAGGCGGCGCUGGUCAGCAAGCCUGGCGAGAUGAUUCUAAACGGCGUCGUAGUUCCCUGCAGAGAAGGUUUCUUUUGUCCCGAGACUUGCGAUGAAACGAAUCAAGUUGUGCUGCCUUGCCCCGCGGGAACUUGGUGCGAGUCGGGCGUCGAUCGACAGCCGAGUCUCGGAUCUCACCCCUGCCCACGGGGGCACUACUGCCCGGAGGCGACGGACGCCCCUGUGAAAUGUCCUGCAGGCACGUACAACCAUGAACUCCACCAGGCGACAGCGGACGCAUGCCGGCCGGCCCCGGCUGGGUACUCCAUCGACACACAGGGAGCGGCUGAACCGCUCCAGCUCUGCCCGGCAGGAAACUUUUGCCCAGAGGGCACAAGCGACGGAGGCACUGUCUGCCCCCCAGGAACUUCGAGGCGACUCCCAGGGGGUGCAGCAGAGUCCGACUGCUUCCCUUGCCCUGCGGGCUACUUCUGCCCGAACGACUCUUCGACAGGCACUUCGCUGGAUCCAAAGCCUUGUCCUGAGGGUCACUACUGCCCCCUGGGCUCUGCCGCAGCCGCCCAGUGUCCUGCGGGGACCUUGAGCUCCAGUCGAAGCGUUUCCUCGGCGGAAGAAUGCGAUCUCUGCCCUCGAGGCAGCUACUGCACAGAACCUGGUGCCCUCGCGGUGACAGGCGCAUGCGACGCCGGGUUCUUGUGUAUCGCCGGAGCAACGGACCCGCGACCGACCGACGGCGUUACGGGAUCUCCUUGUCCUGCCGGAGGCUACUGCGUUGCUGGCACUGUGAUUGUCAAGCCAUGCCCGCCAGGGACGUACAAUCCAGAUGAAGGCGCUGAAAACGAAGACGCCUGUCAACCUUGUCCAGCCGGAUCUUUCUGUCUCGGCAGCGGCUCGAGCACGCCAGAUGGCAAAUGUCGCCCCGGCCACUACUGUCCUGAGCAGUCCUCGCGCGCGACGCAAAGAAAAGCAUCAAUUGGACAUUUUGCUGCAGCGGGCGCAUCCGAGGAAACUGCGUGCGAGGUCGGCUACUACGCCCCGGAGGAAGGAAUGGACAAGUGCAUCGCCUGUCCUGCCGGGCAGGUGUGCCCUCGAGAAGGCAUGGCGGCGCCUGAGGAGUGCCCCCAAGGCUGGUAUUGCCCCGAAGCCGUAGCCGCAGCUCUCAAGUGCGUUGCGGGGACCUACGGAGACCGACCGGGCCUACGCGAGUGGAAUGAAUGCAAACUGUGUCCUCCGGGGCAUUUUUGUGAAGGCGAAGGUCUCCUAGAUAAAAGCGGACUCUGCGACGCAGGCUACUACUGCGUCCAGUCGGCUACAUCGGCGAGGCCUGAGAUCGUGUCGACAGGGAGGAGUCUCGCGGGGGAAGUCAGCGGCCCCUGUCCCGCGGGGCAUUUCUGCCCGCAGGGUUCCAUCACGCCAACGCCAUGCCCGAAAGGCAUGUUCAGCUCCACGCUGAAAGCUGUAUCUGAAGCGACCUGCCAACAGUGCACUGAGGGUUUCUACUGCGAUCGCCCGGGCCUCGCAGCCCCCACGGGUCCCUGCCCUGAAGGGUACUUUUGUCCCCGCGGAUCUGUGGUUGACAGAGACCCCACACAUCUCUGCCCAAGAGGCCACUACUGUCCCCAACAGGCGGUCGAGGCUCUGCCGUGCUCCGCGGGGACCUACGCAGAAGUCGACGGCUCUGCCGCAUGCACACCCUGCCCUGGAGGCUUCCUCUGUGCGGCGAGCGCUCAACAGUUCUUGCAGGCUUGCAGCGCUGGACACUACUGCCCCACAGGAACGCAAGCAGAGAUAGAGUGCCCGAUUGGAACUGUCGGGGUGGGAUCAAAAGGCCCUCACGUCUCUGCAUGCCUCGCAUGUCCCCCAGGCUCCUACUGUGACAGGAUGGGGAGCGCAGUGCCUACGGAUUCAUGUCCUCCGGGCAAGUUCUGUGGAGGCGGCGUUGCCUCCGCGAACGCCGCGACUGCCUGUCCCGAAGGCUUUUACUGUCCAGAAGGAAGCGCCGUUCCGUUCGCAUGCAAAGCCGGACAGUAUUGUCAAGGCACAAGUCUCGUGGAGCCCUCAGGACCGUGUCAACCGAACACCCACUGUCCGGCCGGCACAAGUGAACCUGAAGGGUUCGCUUGUCCGCGAGGGAGCUACUGCCCAGGAGACACAGAUCCCCUGCCAUGUCCCCCAGGAACGUACAGCGACGUCGAAGGAAUCGCGUCUGUUGACCAGUGCAAGCGGUGUCCUUCAGGCUCGUACUGCUCCUCGCCAGGACUCGACGCCCCCAGUGGCCUGUGCACCGGGGGGUACUUCUGCGAGGAGGGGACGGUUGAUCCGAGACCGGUCGGGGGUCUUUGCCCAAAGGCUCACAAGUGCCCUCCGGGGGCCUCAGCAGCCGAGGCAUGCCUCGUCAAUGAAUGGCAACCUCUCAAAGGCCAGACCGACUGCCAGCCCUGUCCAGCGGGAUUCAUUUGCGAUGAUACCGAGGCGACGCCCUGCGACGCGGGCUACUACUGCGAUGGGGUCGACGGGACAAAGAAAGCCUGUCCGGUCGGUACGUAUCAGCCGUUGCCUGGACAAACGUCGGAGGCGAGUUGCCUUCCAUGCAAAUCGGGAUACGUCUGCGGGAGUCCGGGACUCGCGAGCCCUGUGGACAAGUGCCCCGCAGGCUCGUACUGCGUUGGAGCUUCUCAGCACCCAUGUCCUGAAGGCUUCUACUGCCCCGAAGGAACUGAGGCGCCGUAUCCCUGCUCCCCUGGCCAUUACUGCCAAGGCGACGGCCUUGAAAGACCCACAGGCUUGUGCGCCCAAGGGCACUACUGUGCGAAAGGCGCAACGGUGCGGAACCCCACAGGCUCACUGGACAUCGAGUUCUGCUUCACAUCUCUGACCUCUGGAGACUGUCCCGCUGGCUACUACUGCCCAGAAGGCAUUGCGUUCCCCGUCAGAUGUCCACCAGGCACCUUCUCGGCCGGACGCAACAAAGGAGCUCUUUCCGACUGUCAGCCCUGCACUGCAGGCUUCUAUUGUGGGGGCUUCGCGCUCACAGCCGUUUCGGGACCCUGUCUAGCCGGUUUUUACUGCCCGGCUGGUGAGAGGACGCCGUACGGACAUCCCUGCCCUAAAGGCAGUUUCUGUCCAGCAGGAGCCCCAGCUGCAGAGGACUGUCCCGAAGGACUCUACCAACCUGCAGAAGGAAAGUCCAAGUGCCUCACCUGUAUUGACGGAUUUAUGUGCCCUGAAGGCAGUGCCGAAGUCACGCCAUGCACCGCAGGCCAUUACUGCGCCGCCGGAGUCGCCUUCAGAUGCCCUGCUGGCACAUACAGCCCCUCAACGGGAAUAUGGAAGGCUUCUCAGUGUCGCCCCUGCCCCCCAGGAAAGGUCUGCUCGGCGGAAGGAGCUCAGGACACAACUGCUGCGACGGCCUGUCCAGAGGGGCACUAUUGCCGUCUGGGGGCCUCGGCGACGCCCGACAAUGAUCCGUCAACUUGCGGGAGAGACCCGACGUCCUGCCUGCCUGGCGCCAGGUGCCCAUCGGGGUACUACUGCCCCCCAGAUAGUGCCGGGGCGAUUCCUUGUCCCCAAGGCACCACAGGGUCGCCUGAAGGUUCUUCAUCCCCCACACAGUGCACUCCAUGUCCCCCAGGCAGCUACUGCAGCGGGGCUGGAGCCUCCGGGGAAUGCGAUCCAGGAUUUUUCUGCGAGGCUCGCAGUACAGUGGCCAGACCGACUUCUGGCAUUUGCCCCAUGGGUCACUACUGCGGUCGAGGCUCUGCCACAGGGACCGCCUGUCCUUCGGGGACCUACGCCGAUGUCGAGGGUUUGGCGGAGUGCCUCAAGUGCCCCCCAGGCUUCGUAUGCGCGGGGCAGGGACUCACCACGGGGACAGACGUCCCCUGCCCAGCAGGACAUUUUUGCCCCGAGGGGACAGUCACUGCGCGCGAGUGUCCUGUGGGGACAUUCUCGAGGUCGACGCAUGCGCCUGACGAGUCUUGGUGUAGUCCGUGCCCGCCAGGGAAGUUCUGCGACUCCCCGGGUCGCGAGGCCCCCGCUGGGGACUGCCUGGCCGGGUACUUUUGCCUCGCAGGUGCGACCCAGAACAAUCCGCCGACGCAAGACCCACCGGGGCCGAACGGGGAGUGCCCCAGAGGGUUCUACUGCCCCCCAGGCUCUUCGGCCCCGAAGGCCUGUCCACCAGGUACCUUCAGUGCGACGCCAAGGGCUACGCAGGUCCAGGACUGUGAGGUGUGUUUGGAGAGACACUUCUGUGGGGUGUACGGGCUCGAGGCCCCCGAGGGCCUUUGCGACGAGGGCUUCUUCUGUGGGGUUGGCCAGGUGUCCGCAAGGCCCCUGGGCGCAGGCCUCAGUGGGCUGUGCCCCGCUGGAUACGCCUGCACAGGCGGCUUGAAAGCACCUUGUCCGGACCACUCGUACAUGGACGAGCAGGGCGCAAGCGUGUGCAAGAGUUGCCCAGCAGGGCACUUCUGUGAGGCGCAGGCCCUCGCGCCCCAGAGGUGCCCAGCGACCUUCUUUUGCGAGACAGGAAAAGGCAAGAAAGCUUGUCCAGACGGCACCUACUCGGACGCGACGGGGCUCUCGGCGUCCUCAGAGUGCCUCGAAUGUCCCACCACGAAGUUCUGCGCCAACGGAAGGAUCCAGGACGCCUGCAGCGCAGGCUUCAUCUGUGGCCUCGGCGUCGGUCCGACGGGGACGCCUUCUGGAAGCCCAGCCGACGAGCGUCCACCCCGCUACGCCGUCCAGCUCGGCGAACCUUGUCCCCGCGGGGCCUACUGCCCCGCCGGGAUCGACGCACCCCUCCGGUGCCCCCCAGGGACCACCACGGCGUCUACGGGAGCAACUUCCGUGACGGACUGCGUAGGCUGCAGUCCGGGAUUUUACUGUGCCGCAGUCAACACAGCGGCGACGGGAUGCCCCAGAGGUCACUACUGUCCAGCGGAGGCGCGAGAGCCGCGCCCGUGUCCUGAGGGGACGUACAACCCCAGCGCCUACGCGGAGGCAGUCACGAGCUGUCUCGCCUGCGACCCUGGCUUCCUCUGUCCCGAAGGAAGCGACCAGCAACGCACGACCUGCCCCCUCGGCUUUUACUGCGAAGGUGGAAGCGCCCCGCAGGUCCCCUGCCCGGAAGGAACUUACGGAAAAGCGUCGGGGACGUCGAAGCAGGACGACGCAUGUGGACUCUGUCCUGCCGGCCACUACUGUCCUGGCGCCGACCAUCCGUACGAGCCUUGCCCGGAAGGAAAGUUCUGCACUGCAGACUCCCCGAAGCCUGUGGCUUGUCCUCCCGGCUUCUACUGCCCAGGGGCGACCAGCGUUCCGAGCACCUGUCCCCUGGGCUUCUACUGUCCCCUGGGGACGUCCCUUCCCCUUGAGUGCCCCAACGGGUCUCUCUGCCCCGAAGCCGCCGCGCAGCCUCAGGCCUGUCCCGCGGGGACCCGCUCACGGGGCGUUCAGGCUUGUGCCUCAAUCCCCACAGUCGAAGGGUGUUGCGAGGCUUGCCCUGUGGGAACCUUUUCGUCUCGCGAGGGAUCUGUGGAGUGUGCGCCCUGUGCGGCUGGGCAUAUCUGCGCGGGGGGCGCCUCGACUGCCCGGCCGACGGACGGAGUUCACGGAUACAUUUGCCCGCCAGGGGCCUACUGCCCCGCGGGGGCUCGCUCCCCAGUCCCCUGUCCAGCGGGUCGCUUCAACGCAGAGGCGGGAGCAGGCGACGAGGCGACUGGGUGUCUCCCUUGCCCUGCGGGGACGUUCUCCGACGAGCCUGGGGCGACGUCCUGCUCCACAUGCGGGGGGACGUCCACGUCGUUGGAAGGCCAGCAGUCCUGCGCCUGUCUCGGCGCCGGCCGUACGUUUCAGAAGCAGGAGGGAACCUGCGUCUGUCGGAACUUCUACGAGUUCUACAGCUCGACGUUGCUGGCGCGCGGCGACGAGAACGAGGACUCUUCGCUCGACUGCCAGCCGAUUGCCCAGGCCAGGUGUGAAAGCGCAGCGACCGUGCGGAAUCUGCGCUUCUCCGGUGGGACUGGUAGUCGCCGCCUCAGGGCGGCCGACGGCGCAUGCGUCUCCGAGAAUGUAUGCGAGGAACAAUGCGGACCAGGCGUCGGCGGGAUCUUCCUGGCCAACGUCGGAAAGUGCCAGUGUCACUCUGUCCAGGACGCUGCGCAAAAGGCAUGCGACCGCAGGUGCAGAGCUGAAGUGGCGGAGUUGCUGGUCGACGGGGACGCGUUUGCUUGCACGAUGCCUGGUUCACCGACGGCGGAAAGAACGCCUGUGCAAUCUUUAAUCGACAGCAGCCGCCUGAAAGGGUCGGUUGCAUGCAAUCGCGACACAGACGCUUCAAGCGGGGCACCAGCGUGCCGUGUAUCGUUUUACUUGCUCGAUGAGACAGGCGUUUUCGGCACGGUUGGAGUCCCCGCAGGUUUUCAAACGCUUUUGACGACGGCGGAGCACCCGCCUGCGACGGACGCCUCAAGUAGUCGAGUUCCCGCGCAUGCCGACGCCUCGCAGCGAGAAGAGAAGCCAGUGGAACAGGCGACAAGUCAGAGUUGCGUUGUCCCUUCUUCGAUGUUGUCUCCCCAGUUGGACCAGCAGAGAACUACUUGUGCAAAGGCCGAGGAAGAAGCGUUGUCGGCACUCGAGGAGGAACUUUACGGCCGAGAAAAGAACAACAAGAUGGCCCUCAUCCGCAACCCCACACAGUGUCUCCAAAAAGGAGACACCAUCAUUUGGAUGAUCGCGGGGGCGUUCCCCGUCUACCUGCGCAAUUCGCUUCUCAACACAGCCGCCGAGUUCGACGCGAGUCAGUACCUGAAAGUGCAAGGCGACCUCGCGUACGAAUCCUACGACGAAAAGAAGCCUGUGACGUACUUUGCCUUUUCCUUCACAGUUCCAGGCCAGUUCGUUUUCGCCUCCAACGUGAGACAGUCGCACCAAGCGAUUUUCCGCGUUCUCGACGACGGCGUCGCCUGCGACAACGACGCGCGGUUUCCUCACCCCACCGAGUUCGCCUCCCUCGCUGCGGCGGGCAUCCAAAUGCGCGACGAUGUCCUUCUGGAGCCGGCGUUGGCGGACGUGGAGCUUCUCUUCUGGGGUACUCUCUGCAUUCUUUUGACGUUCGUGGUUCUCGUCUCUUGGCUGCGAAAGCUGCAGUUCAACAAGAAGCAGCGCGAGUCCGUCGCCUCCGAGAGACUCGAGAAAAGGAGCGGUCGCCUCUCGGUCGUUGCGCGGAAACAGGCAGUCGCGCAAACGUUCGGCGUGCAUGCAGUGGCGCACCGGACGCGAGCUGAAAUCGAGAAUCUGCUCAGUCAUGUCAUUGAGAGUGGAAGAGUCGUCGACUCCCGCGCGCGAGUGACGCGCCUCUCGCCAGAGGAACUCGAGGCCUUUCUGCUGGCUUUCCAAGACGCAGCUGACGCACUCGAUGACUCCAAGGAACCUUCGAAACCGCCGUUCGACCUGCGCAUGUUCGAGACAGCCUACAACAGACUCGCCCGCGCUCGUCUCGUCCUCGGCGAAUACUUCAGAGACAGAAAGCUAGGCGUCACGCAACUGGGCAUCGAGCAAGUCAAAAUUCUUGACAACCUCCAGAACUUUGUCGCCCCCAUCAUACGGAAGGUCGACUGGAAACUCGAUGAGAGCAGUCAGCUUCAGAAGACGAUUUCUGCGAUGACGAAGGCAUGUGAGAAGCUGGUGGAUGAGCUGCGAGCGCCUCAGGCGUUUUUCGCUUCCGAUGCGCUUGACGACUCUGCAGCAUCGUCUUCUCGCGUUCAGCAGUACAUGCUCUCCACGCCUUUCUCCCUGGAGAGAGGGGGGAAGAAGGCAGUCUUUUUGGCCUUGGCCGAAGAGGUCACCGGCGUUGUGUGCAUGACGAGAGGAGAGAGUCCGACGUUGCCGGUGCUGGCGCAGUACCUGGAGGCUCUACGCGGAAGCUUGGAAGAUGAGGACGAGUCCGAAGCAGGCGCCUCCGUAUCGCUUUCAACCUUCGUUCAAAGCACGACAGACAGCUUGGAGAGUGCACUGGAGGAAGUCCUGAAGCACCGAGAGAGACAGGCUUCCCUUGACGUCCAACUCACCGAGCGGCCGUUUUCAGACGCCAUCGCGCGCGCGAGGAUCGCGGACAGAUGUGAGCAAGACCUCUUCUCGCUUCUCCUCGACUGUGCGGAGGCGCUACUUACAGACUCAGUGCAGACGAUGGCCGACGAGAAGGGCAGGCGACGCGACUCUGCGCGCGAGAGGCGAAGAAGCAGCAAGGCGGCGGGAGACGAGGGAGACGAACGCGCAGAUGCCGGAGAGAGAGGACAGGAGACAGGAGACGACGGUCGGAAAGGCGAGAAGAAAACAGAAGGCAUUCUCAGAGUUGGCGGAGGACAGGCAAGGCAGAGAGAAAAUCCAGUGACUGAAAUCCAAGAGGCAAUACAGACUCUGUGCGAUCGACAGCUGGAGGAAAUGAGUCGAACGCUGGCAACUCAACAACAGGCGUACCGUGCCGCGCUGGAUAAGCGCGAAUCCGCGGCAACUCAUCAGAUCGAAGGGAGACAAAUGAUUGAGAAGGUGCUACUCUCCCAGUUCCAUCAGUUUUUCAAGGCCACUGAGGCACGGCGGCUGUCGCAGUUCUACCAGCAUCUUGAAUCCUCGCGCAUUGCCAAGCUUCGUGAAGAUCUGAAGGAGGAGAUGUACGAGAUGGAGAGGACGCGAAGGCGGGAAGCCUGGGCGCAGGCAGAGUACGAAGAGAAGCGGAAGAAGGCCCUGCAGCACUUUGAGGCGCAAAUCAAGGCCACAGCGGAGGCGUUCAAAGGCGAAAAAGAUGGUGUGGUUUUAGCUACUUUGGACACUCUGGAGAGCCUCCAGGAAAGGCGAAACGCCGCGCUCGAAGUCGUCCAUUCGAUGGAAACUGUCCUCUUGAAGGCAAAAGCCACUCAGGCGAAAGACCUUGCAGACGAACUCUUCGAGCAGCAGGCCGAGCGGAUGAAGAAAGAUCUAGGGGGACGCCGAGCGAGAUUUCUCCUCGUAGCCCAAAACAUCGUUCGCCUCCACGACAGGAUUGCGUCAGGGGAUGUGAUCCCGACAGCUCAACUGGAAGAUAUGGUGGAAGAUGCUGCAGCGAUCCUGGAAGAUCUUCGACGAAGCCAAGCGAACGAGAGACGCGAGUGGCUGAAAGGGCAGCGAGAGGUGAGAGACGCGAUUUCGGAGAGACACAAAGGCACGCUCCAGUCCAAGACCGCCGACGUGAAGGACGCGACUCGGCAGUACGUGGCGCAGGAGAUCGGCUUAUAUUCGGAGCUGUUCAGGCGAGAAGAAGACGCCCUGCUGCCGCAUGGGAAGCGCGCUGUUAUCGACACGGUCGAGGCGGUUUUCGCGAAGCAGCUGAAGCAGCAGAGGAAGGCCUACCAUCUCGUCUUAGAAGAGAGCGAAGCCGAGUUGCGAGACUCGCCAGGAAAGGGCACCGAGACCUACCCCGCGCCCGGAUUCCCCCAUACGCAGGAGACAGGCGGAGAAUUCAUGAAAAAGAAAUCGCGAUUCGAGGAGGCAAAUGAGCAGAGACUCGCGCUGAAGGAGGACGAAAAGGCGAAGCAAAUUCAGGACCUGGAGACGCGACUGUCAGAAGUCCGGGAGAAACGCAGCGAAGCUCUCAGAGGCGUAGCCGAACUUGAAGUGGAAGUCACAGAAAGAUACCUCAUCAAAGCUGCAACGAAGUAUCUUGGAGUUCGCAAAGCAGCAGCUAGUGGCGACGAGAAAUGCAGGAAAGACAAGAGGCAAGAAAUCGCAUUUCUCUGCUCUAGCUUCCCUGUGAGGGGAAGAAGAGCGAAGCUCGGACGUCUUGGUGCUUCUCUCGGAGUUUCAGAGAAAGAGGCUGUUCUCUGUUUUGCGUUUCAGGCUGAGUACGAGAACAACGUGAGGCAGCGCAGUCGCGCAGAGACCCGCGGGGUGUUGGCCGGUUCGUUGGCGGCUCGCGGCGCGGCGGUUGAAGCUGACGAAAACGUAAAUCGACUCUUGCUCAAACUCCGAGAGAAACGCGGCGAUGUCCACGCUUCGCUCUUCUUCCUCGACGACCUGGUUGGCACGAUUUGCGAUGCCAAGUUCUCCACGCGAGAAAUGGUGCAGAUCGACGCCCAAUAUGACCGAGCCACUCGAGAAUUAGAGGAGGAAUUCGAAAGAGAGCUGAGGGCGUUGCAAGAAGAGUUCGAUUCCGACUCGCAGCGGCUGGAGGCAGAGCUCGCCGAGGUACGCUUGCGUCUUCGGAGGACGGAGGAGAUGGAGAAGAGCCGCUUGGAAGUCGACCGUCGCUUGCGCGAAGCAACCGCUUCUUCUGAGGAAGAAAUCGCGGCUGUGCGGAGAGACUUUGCUCAGAGAAUCGACAGAGUCCAGAAGGAAUUCGACAGCGAGAGAGAGGCUCAGGAGCAGGCUUUGCAGGCGAAGCUUGCGCAGCGCCGAGAGCUGUUCAAUAAGCGGAGACAGAAGCUCGCCGGAAAGGCGCAAGCUGAAGAGGCGAGGACACAAGAGGAUCUCCAGAGAAAGAAAUCGGUCGCCCAUUCACAAAGAAAAAAAGCUACGUUCGAGCUCCUCCUUGAUGAGGCUCGUUCGCACCCAACUGACACCACGAUUCGACAGCUGCACAAGUUCAUGUCGUCAGAACUCAGCGAGGUCGUCAACGCCACGGUGCUCGAGCAGCUCGCAGAAAAGUCUGCAAGGCUCACGGCCGUCUCCACCGAGAUGCAGAAGAAACAGGCGGACGAACGCCGUGCAGCUGAGCACGAGUUGGACGGAAAAAUCUCCGCCGCUGAGAAGAAACUUGCCUCUGCGUCCGAGGAGAAUGCUGCGCAGAUGAUGGAGGACGUCGCAAACCUAAAACAGAUGAAAGAAGCGAAGCUGCGAGAGCUGGAGGCGACGUUCAGUCUCAAACUGGAGUCGGCUUUGCAGGUGGAACGGCUGGCGAUAGAGCCCGUGCAAGCUGAACGCGUGUUUCAGAUUCAACAAGAAAGCCUGAAAAACAUGGUUAAAGUUCUCGGCGAGUUCGUGGUCCUUAACGACCCGACUGCGAUUGGUUUGACCGAUCAGGUGAAACAGGCUCAAGCGCGCAUCGAGAUGGAAAGGUCGCGAAUGAAGGAGAUCGCGGGCAUGAAGGUUCUGGACCUGGACAAGAUUCUGAAGGAGAAAGAAGCCGAGUUGAAGAAGCAGAUGGAGGCGAGCAUUGCGGCGUUGCGCGAGAAGCUGAAAGCGCAGCAAGAGCGAGAAGAGCAGCUGCAGAGAGAAAAGCACGAAGCAGAAAUGAAAAAGCGAAAGGAGGAACAGCGAGCUCGACGACUCAAGCAGCUGCGACGCAUGAUCAACUCUGCCCAGCCAGACGACCCAGAAGCUGCAGACGACAUCUUCAAAAAGUACCAAGAUGAUGCAGAACGCCUUGAGGCAGCACUCGCGAAAGAGCGAGCCCGGCAGCAUAUGCUUCUGCAGUCGCAGCUCUUCCAACGUGCCAACAGAAAAGAGCACCGUCUUCGACAAGAAGGAGAGGGUGAGCUGUCAGAAGAAUGGUCUCGCUUGAAGAAGACUCGGGAGUUGGCAGCCGUGCCACAGGAGACGGGCAACGGGACUAAAGAUGCGGACGAACUCGACGAAGAAGAAAUGUGGAAAUAUUUUUUCACAGUGCGGGUUGCGGAAGAAGUGGGAAAGAAAGCGAAAACGGUUCAGGAACUCCUGCGCGCCGCCCUCAAACAGCUCACGUCUGGUCCACCUAAAGACGACGUUGGAGGCGCCCUUGCAGCUGAAAUGGCAGAGUUCGCCACGCCAGACAGUAUCGAAAAUCUCGUUGACAAGGUGAGUUGCCUCCACCCGCUGGGCUCUUUUCUCGCUCCAAUCUCCCACUGUAGGUUGCUUGAAUCCGAUGAAGCGUGCAAAAACAGAGUGCUGUAUAGAACCAUAUUACCGUCUGCCCAGGGAGGUGGAGUCCUAGUCCGUCUUUAUGGUGUAGACGUACGCAUUCAGACAGGCUCUGUCGCAAUUCGGUGCUGCAUCCUUCACCCUCCACGUGGAUAUUCGGAAGGGCAGGGACCUUCACAGAACAGUACGGACGCUGUUAGUCGUGGUUCAUUUCGCUCUCCGAGCUGA